UGAUGCACAUAAUGUCCAUGGACGAAGAACAGGCAACUCCUGACUGUGGUUGUAAAGGAAUUAGAAGUUGCCUAAAAUGUGAAAAUGUAAAAGGAAAAGCCGAACUGAAUGAGAAUGGACAAACGAUGUACCAUGAUUUCAUAUACGACCCAAUACUGCGGUUGGCACUGCGGAAGGAUUGCGAGCAGGUGUCUUUCCCAUUCCCUGGAGUCUUUCUGUGGGAAAACUUCAUAUCAGAAGAGGAUGAAAUACAGUUGGUUGACAAAAUUGACAAGAAUGUCUGGAGAGAGUCACAGUCUGGUCGAAAGAAACAGGAUUUUGGACCAAAGGUCAACUUCAAAAAACACAAAGUACGUGUAGGUGGCUUCUGUGGCUUACCAGAUAUCAGCCAAAAAUUAGUGCAACGGAUGUCCCAGGAGCCAGUUCUAGCGGGUUUUCAACCAGUUGAGCAGUGCAACUUGGACUACAGCCCCCAGCGUGGGUCUGCAAUUGACCCCCACCUGGAUGACAGUUGGCUGUGGGGAGAACGUCUGGUUACCAUCAACCUGCUCUCAGACACCAUUCUCACUAUGUCCAUGGAGGAGGGACUGUCCGAAAUUGGGGAAGAGGGGGAAGUCAGGGUUACAGUACACCUUCCUCGCAGGUCGCUAGUGGUGCUGCAAGGUGAAGCACGACACAGAUGGAAACAUGCCAUCUAUAGACAAGACAUUCAUGCCCGCAGGGUGUGCAGCACGUACAGAGAACUGUCUGCAGAGUUCCUGCCUGGUGGGGAGCAAGAAGAAUUAGGGGCUCAGCUGUUGAACAUUGCAUGCAGCUUUCACGGGACUUCUUUAUAGAGAUAAUGCUCUUCUUCUUUAUAGAGAUAAUGCUAUUCCCUUUUUGCAAUACUAUCUGUGUUUGGAUUUGUUAUUGUGAGCAUGUCAAUUACAAUGAUUUUAGUAGUAUAACUUGUAAUUAGCAGUUUCCUGCAAAUUCUGAAUUUGAUUGAACUUAAUCAAACAUUUUUAUAAGGCAUAAUGAAGUAGCCUACAUAAAGCACAUACAAAUAAAAUCAUCAUUGCCAUGACUUAUGUGAAAUUCAUGAUUUGGAACAUUCGCUACAGAAUAAAAUAGUACUGAU